CUCCCCGAGAAAACAAGCGUCACAAGGUGGUAGGAUAGCGCGUGAAACAGCUGACUACAUCCAGUGAGACCUAGUGAACCGUGUCCGCCGACGCAGCUUGCAUUGACCGGCCGGUACUUUACGCAAAACCCGUUUGCACUUGUCGUGUACGGUUGCAAGUGCGUGCAUUGUUUGUUUACAUUGCGACACGUUCGAUCGGGAGCCCUUGAUUCGAAGAGAGAAGUCGUUUCAUUCGUGGCGCGCUCAUUCGGUGGUUCGUGCUCUGGCUCAUGAUGACAAGCGAUCGAAGCGACCUCUGCGUGAAAGUGCUCGAAGCUGUACCCAACUGCGAGCGGUUGUCGCGACUGUUGGAAUGUUUUUCAAAUGAGUUUGCACGUGCUCCGAGCUUCAUUGUACGCUGCAGUGGAAGGGUAAACAUUAUUGGCGAGCAUGUCGACUACUGUGGAUAUCCCGUGUUUCCGAUGGCCAUCGAGCAAACGAUCCUGCUGGCAGUGGCCCCUUCGGACGACAAUCUUCUGCACAUCAAGAAUGCCGAUAGCAACUUCAAGCCGUACAAGUGCAAUGUCCUCACUUUUAGCAUUGAUGUGCCCAGCGUUGGUGGACCGAACUGGUAUCAGUACGUGUUGUGCGGCGUGAAGGGAAUACUGGAAAACAACACCAUUCAGCACGACGCUCCUCGAGGCAUGAUGAUCAUGCUCUCCGGCAACAUUCCUCCGGCUUCGGGACUUUCUAGCUCGAGUGCCAUCGUCAGUGCCACAGUCCUUGGAACAGCGUACAUGCAUAAUGCCACACUGAACAAACAAACUCUGGCCACUAUUUCGGCCGAGUGCGAAAAGUUCAUCGGUACACAGGGUGGCGGUAUGGAUCAGGCCAUUGCAUACCUAGCACAGGAGGGAUGCGCUCAGCUGAUUGAAUGGAAUCCGCUUCGAGCCACUCCGAUUCAGCUGCCGGCAAAUGGAGUGUUCGUCAUUGCGAACAGCUUGUCCGAGGCGAACAAAGCGGCCACUUCCGAUUUUAACCAGCGCGUUGUGGAGUGUAGACUUGCGAGCAGACUGUUGGCGAAACAGAUGAAACUGAACUGGCGCGAUCUGAGCCGUUUCGCCGAUCUGCAGAAGGCGCUUGGCUAUUCGCUGGAGCAGAUGGAAGCUCUUGUGCAUGCCAAUCUGGUGCUGAAUGAGUACACUAGGACGGACUUGCUAAAGCUGCUGGAAGUCACCGAGGAGGACUUUUCCAACAAUCUGCUCACGCCCAACACACGCCAUUCGCAGACAUUCAAGCUCAGGCAGCGUGCGCUGCACGUUUUGCAAGAGUCACUUCGGGUGCAACAGUUUAUAGAAACGGCCAGAUCGAAUCCAGACGAUUGCAUUUCGCGCAUGAAAACGCUCAUGAAGCAGUCGCAUGAGUCUUUGCGCACACUUUACGAAUGCUCGCACGAAAACUUGGAUCGGAUCGUUGAAAUUUCCGAUCAACUAGGCGUAGGAACGCGGCUCACUGGAGCUGGAUGGGGCGGAUGUGUUGUGGCCCUGUGUGACGGUGUGGAGGAAAGCAAACGCUUUGUCGAGACGCUGAAAACGGAAUUCUACGCCAACAUUCCAAAAGCACAGACGUGCGAUAUUGGUACCCUAUGCUUUGCCACCAGCCCACAAAGAGGAGCCGAAAUUUAUUCGAUCGAAAAGCAAAACAACAUUCUGAACCCAUCGGCUUAACAAGAUUCAACAAACAAUGAAUAGUUUCUUUCUUAGUUUAGUUACCAAGUUCAAAUAUGCCAAGGCAAAUAUUUUCGCCUAUGUUUCUUCUAACUGCCAUGGCCACAAAUAAAUGUAACUUGCCAUUUUAGCUGUACUCCACUUCAGACAGCGAUAGUUUAUCUCUAGUACCUUCAAACAUGAACUUGUUUUGUGCCCUAGCCGAUUAACUGCAAUAAACAGUUAAGAUUAAUACGACAUAAUUAGUAAAUAAGCUCCAUAAUUUAUGUCGCGUUUAAUAGAAACUGCCUUAUACAAUGAUCAACCGUUCUAGAGAAGUUGCAAACAGCAGAUUAAGAAUUAGUUUGAUAGGAACACUAUUUAAAAUAUAUUUUUUUUUUAUUUUGUUUGGUACUUUAAAAAUAAUCACAAUCUAAUAAUUUAGCUUUGCGAUAAAAUGCUUUGAACAAAUUUGUUUUUGCUAUAACUAAAUGAUUUUGAA